CUCUCUUCGGCAGCCCCCUCCUCCCAAUUCCGGAGCUGCCCACUCUCUUCCCCCGAGCUGGGCGGGGCGGGGCGGGGCCGCCGCCUUCUUUGCGCCUGGCCCCUCCCCGGGGGCAGCUCCCUUCUUCUCCUUCGACGGAGGACGCGGAGGCGCCCCUGGACGCGCGGGGCUUUCCUUGCGCACAGCGCGGCGUCGCGAGUGGCCGCGCUCGGAGCAUUGGUGGGGGACUGGAGGGAGCAGCAGCGUCCGCCUUUUGUCCGGGACUCCGCCGGGAUGGCUCUGCUGUACCCCUCCCCAGCAGCGCCGCAGCCCGCCGGGCCGCCCACCGCUCUUAGCCGCUCGCUCCUGCUGCUGCCGCUGCUCUCCGAGAAGCUGCUGAGCCCUGACCUGACCGAGGGGAAGAGCCGCCCGCAGGGCUGCGACAACGGGGCGCUCCUCGACCGCUUCGGCGUCCUCGUCCAGGCGCUGCUAGCGGUGGUGGCUUUCAGCACCCUUAUGCUAAAACGAUUUAAGGAGCCGAAAGGAGAGAGGCGACCCUGGAGGAUAUGGUUUUAUGAUACAUCAAAGCAAGCCAUAGGAGCCCUCUUCAUCCACUUUGCCAACGUCUUCCUGUCUGAUCUUACAGAAGAAGAUCCUUGCUCUCUCUACCUAAUGAAUUUCAUCUUGGAUGCCACAUUGGGGAUGCUGCUGAUCUGGUUCGGGGUGAAGGUGGUGUCCUGGGUUGUGGAGGGUCGGAAAUGCACGCAUCUUGUCUUUGGCGAGUAUGGUGACCCUCCGCAGGCAACUGCUUGGAUUGGCCAGUGCAUCCUCUAUUUGUUAAUCAUGGUCUUUGAGAAAAGUACAGUUGGCCUUGUCUUGCUCAUUCCCGGCUGGACAAAGCUUCAAGAGAUUCUUCUGGACUACAUUCCUGAUCCUCAGCUGGAGCUGGUGUUGGUGAUGCUUGUGGUGCCUUUUAUAGUCAACGCUGUUAUGUUCUGGGUGGUGGACAGCUUGAUCAUGAAGAAGCACAAGCAGAAAGAAAGCCUUGAAAUCAGUAGCGUGAUGGAAAUCUCACGUGCAGCACGGGACGAAGAACACCAGGUCCUGCUCUGUCCAGCUGUGGAUUUUGACCACUCCGGAAGUGACCAAGACCUGUCGCAAUCCUUUUCCCAAGCAGGGAGUCCUGCAAGGAGACAAGUGGAUCAUCAAAUGUCAGUUUAAUUGGGGAUUAUGAACUCAGCCAAAGGGAGGGAAAAGUGCCAACUGAGAGAAGUCAACAAGAUGUUUCAUGGACUCUUCUGAAGCAACUGCACCCGUCUUUGGGGGUCCGUACAAGUGAAGAAUAUGUGGCAACUACACAUUUAAAUAAGGAUCACAAGGUGGUGCCAUCCCCAUUAUGUCCAAAUAUGAGCAGUUUGCCAUGGGAUUGUCCUCCCUUUCUGGCGUUUCCUUGGGAGUAUGGUGUGGGAAUUUGAUGGAAAGAAAAUCACAUAUUUUUGUUGCAUUUUGUUCUCCUGAGCUCAACUCAUACAAAUGACUGAUUAGGUUGAAUUAGGUAUUCUGGCUGGCCAGCUGGUGGUGGUUUUUAGUUUGGGUCUGAACUGCAUUCCUCACAAGAAUAAAGAUGAUUUGCCUUGCGCUGACUCCUCUGGCACACAGUCUGCACAGAUCACUCGCAUAUCUGCACAGAUCACUUGUAAAUAAUCAGGUUGCAAAGAUGUAUUUAAAAAAUGGCCUUGUCUCAACUUUUUUUACUCUUUUAUUAUAAGAAGUGUAAUAAACAUUUGAUAUUUAAACUUU